UCACUUCCGGUGUGGACGUCUCUGCUCUCAACACUCAAAUAUGUCGGCCAGCUCGGAUCGGAAUCCACCUCCUUUCCCUGCAACAGAAGAGCCAGAACCUGGACUGUCCGACAUGGCAGAUGGAGACAGCGAUGAGGGAGAGGACAUCUUUGUCAGUAACAGUAAGCCGGUAUCUGUCAGCCGAGGAGUUUCUCAGCCGGAGAGGGUCACUGAGGAGCCUGAAGACCUGUUCAGCGAGGACCAGGCCAGACCAGCCAAGCCCAAUGGGGUUCACUCUGAUGAGGACAACGACCUGUUUGCAGAGGCACAUGCAGAUAGAAGCUCAGGCAAGUCCAGCAGUUCGGCUCAGAAGGAGCUCCCCGCCUCCUCGUUGGCUCGAGGCCCUGCAGCCCUGCAGUCCACCUCCUUGGAGCAGCUGGAGGAGGAUGAAUCUGGGGACAGUUUUGACGUGGAUGUUGCCGUCACCAACCCAGAGAAAGUCGGAGAUGGCAUGAAUGCAUACGUUGCCUACAAAGUAUCAACCCGGACCUCCUUGCCCAUGUUUAAAAGUAAGGCCUUUACUGUAAGGAGACGUUUCAGCGACUUCCUGGGUCUUUACGAGAAGCUCUCUGUCAAGCAGUCGCUGCACGGCUGCAUCAUCCCACCACCUCCUGAGAAGAGUGUCGUAGGAAUGACUAAAGUGAAGGUGGGGAUGGACGAUCCAUCAUCAGUGGAGUUCGUGGAAAGGAGAAGAGCGGCUCUGGAGAGGUAUCUUCAGAGAGUUGUGUCCCACGCACUGAUCCUGCAAGAUCCUGACGUUCGGGAAUUUUUAGAACGAGACGAUCUACCCAGAGCAGUAAACACUCAGACACUCAGUGGAGCCGGUUUCCUCAAGAUGAUCACCAAGGCAUCAGACGCUGUCAGCAAGAUGACCAUCAAGAUGAAUGAGUCCGACACUUGGUUUGAGGACAAGUUUCAGGAAGUGGAGGCAGAGGAGCAGCAGCUGAAGAAGCUUCAUGCUGUGGUCGACUCUCUUGUCAGUCACAGGAAGGAGCUAUGUGGAAACACGGCCAUAUUUGCCAAAAGCAUGGCCAUGCUGGGGAACUCCGAGGACAACACAGCCUUGUCACGGGCCCUCUCCCAGCUGGCUGAGGUGGAGGACAAGAUGGAGCAGCUGCACCAGGAGCAGGCAGCCAGUGAUUUCUUCAUCCUAGCAGAGCUGCUUGCUGACUACAUCCGCCUGCUGGGUGCUGUGAGGGGGGGCUUUGACCAGCGCAUUCGAGCUUGGCAGCGAUGGCAGGAGGCUCAGAGCACGCUCCAGAAGAAGAGGGAGGCCGAGGCCAAGCUGCUGUGGGCUAACAAACCCGACAAGCUGCAGCAGGCCAAAGAAGAGAUCAGCGAGUGGGAGGCACGAGUUACUCAGUAUGAGAGAGAUUUUGACAGGAUUGGCAUGACUGUACGCAAAGAAGUUCUCAGAUUUGAGAAAGAAAAAGCCAAGGACUUCAAGAGCCAGAUAAUCAGAUACUUGGAGGCAAUGCUGCAGUCUCAACAACGGCUUAUAAAGUUUUGGGAGGCGUUCCUGCCUGAGGCCAAGGCAAUAGCUUGAUGAAGUGGGAGAUUUUUUUUUAUUUAUAUAAAGACCCAACUGCCUUUUUGGACACUUCUGCCUCUUUAGCGGGAACUGAGAGGAUGAUUUUGCAGCACGCAAGAAACUUCCAUCCAUUCUUUUCUUCUUGUCUUUUUACUUACAGUUUAUUCUCGUAUCUUGUACAGAACUUUGAUAUAAUAAGCUGCCGCCUUUUCACAACAGGUCUCUGAUGUACUCCCUUGUUUAUGUUUUUUGAUAUUAAGACUACAUAAAAACAAAGUUCCAGCUGAGAUUAACUUGUCUGUAGUAUGUGUGUGCCUCACCGUCCUGUCAGUGGGAAAUGUAUUUUUGCUUAAACAAGUAUGUUGAAAUGUUUAUUUUGAGGUACUCCCCUAAGUAUCAUUGUCUGUAGUUUACCUGAGAAGAUAGCUGUAUGCAAGUAAUUACACUCCAACAACUGUUUAUUAUUAUACCUUCUUCUUUUUGGUGCAGUUUUUACUCAAUCAUGGCUGAUUAAUAACUGAGGAAACUGAUCUGAAGUUUUAGCACACUCCUACAGAAUAUAUAAUGAAUUCAAAAAGCAUAUAAAGAUAAAUAUAACCAGGUUUGUCAGAGCUGUUUAAAAAAAAAUGCAAUCGUCUUCAUUGGUAUUAUUUUUUUGGUGUUAUAUUUACUGAGUAACGUGUUAUUAACCAUGUUUGACAACAGCUGUUACAUUUAAUGUGUCGGAGAAGAGUGCCCAUUUGAUCUGGAGCUCUAGCAGUGAUUGUUUACUACAUGUACAGUGCUUGAAAUGAAUUAUAAAAAUAUUGUUAUUGUUUGUAACCCACUUUUCUGAUAAACUGGUUAAAAAAAACAUUGACAGAUAUAAACUGCCAUUUGGAUGCUGCGGUCCCUUUAUUUUCUGAAUCUGCAUUUCUAGGUGUAGUUUAUGUCAGAUUUACGCAGGAAUGUGUUUUUAUUUUUGUAACCACUUUGCGUUCACGCACACAUUUUUCCUGGAGCUGCCGGACAGGCAGAUGUAUAAAAUAAAAGUUUAAGUUUUGGGCACUA